GGGGUUUUGAUUAAAGCCCGCAGGGCUGAGGAACAAAGGUAGCUUUAGAAAAGUAAAACACCCGUCUCCUUUCCCGAUCAGCUGGGAACCUUGCCCAAAAGACGGGGCUGAUGGGAGAAAGUCGAAGGUCUUGGAAAUCGAAAGUAGAAGCGAGCUUUGAGAAGCGAGCAGCACGAAUUUUGAAGGAAGAAGGCUGUGAAGCUUCUUUUGGUCCACAGGAGUCCUUCAUCCACUUGGCUAGUGACAAUUUUGCUGCAGGUGGACCUUGGAAGAUGACAAUGGACCAAAUCUUGAAUGAGAUUAAGAGGUGCCAGGAUAUAUGGAAAACUUUUGAAGGAGAUUGCUUAUUCUUGGAGGCAAACAUAAGGGCAAGUGAGCAGGACUUGGCCAAAUUCAAAGAAGAAUAUGAGCUUCUUAGUCGAAAUCUUCUUGAAGCUGAAAAUGAGGCCAAGGCUCAGGAAGGCUCCUUUCAGAAAAUGCUUCAGUUGGGAAAGAAGGAUUCAAACCAGCUAAUGCAAGAAAAACAGGCAUUGGAAUAUGAAUUGAAACAGCUCCAUGCAGCCCAGGAAGAAAUUCUUAAGAUGCCAGCUGCUCUUCCUAACAGAGAAAUGGUGUUUAAGGGUCAUGUGGAAAAGGAAAAGAUGGACAGCUUUCCAGAAAUGCUGACUUUCGUGCCCCAGAUCCGAUACCCUGUACUUGGGGGAUCAGCUCUCAUCACUUUUGAGGAUCCUGAAGUUGCCAGGAGGAUCAUCCAAAUGGGACAGCAUUGCAUUCAGCUAGAUGAAUGGAGCUAUGUGCACGUGAAGGCUGAAGCUAUGACAUUGUUGCUGCCCUCAUUCUUAAAGAUCUCCCUGAAGCAGAGUUCCCAGCAAGUGCUAUUAUCUGGAUUGUCUGCCUUCUCUGUACCCAAAGACCAGCUCUACGACAAGCUAGCUCUGUUUUUCAGCAAACGGAAGAACCAAGGGGGUGAGGUGGAUCAUUGGGAACAGCUCACAAAUUCAGAUAAUAUAGUGCUGACUUUUGUGGAUGAUGGGGUGGCUCAGCGGAUUGUUGAAAAAGGGCUGUUCCAGGUGCCGCUUGGAAAGGAGACCCAUCAGAUCAAGGCAUCACAUUGCUUACAUGGGGAAAUUGCAGAUUUAAAGCUUCAUCCUUCUUUCUGUGCUCGUACCGUCCUGCUGACAGAGAUUCCAGAUGUCUUAGGGAGGGAGCUGAUGUGUGAAGCUUUGGAGAUCCAUUUCCAGAAGCAAAGCAAGGGUGGAGGAGAGGUAGAAACUGCUGUGUACAUUCCAGCUGGACAUUAUGCAGUAGCUGUUUUUGAGGAGGAGGACUGAUUCUGCAUGCCAAAGCUAGAACAAAUGAUAUUUCAGUUCUGAUACAGCUGAAAAGAAGCACAUGGAACAUGCUAAUAUCUCAGGGAAGAGGGGUGAAAUUUUGAUUGCUUGAACUGAGGGUUAGUGGAAUAAGAUAGAAACUGAUGAACUAGUAUCAUUAGGGAAGGGGGGGGAAUAAAUCCAUUUUGUAGUUUAUUGAAAAAUUGAAAGAUUUUCUGCCACAAUGAUAUCUAUCUUUCAUGUCUGAACUAUGCAUGAUUUGGUCUGUUUUGUUGUUUGCUCCUUCAGUAAUUUUACUGCAUGGCAUUGAAGUACCUGCUAAAUUGUAUUUUUGUGCAGAAUACAUUCAACAAGAAAAAUGUUC